AAAUGUAACCUUUACACUUUUGUGAAUAUUUUCGGCUCGCAAGCAAAUCAGCUGUUACUGUUGUUUCAAAAUUCACAAGUUGUUAUAUAGCUGGCCUGGGCUGAUUUUUGUUUUUGGGCCGUUCGGGUUGUUGUAGUAUUUUGUUUGUUUGUUUUUUAACGAACGAGAAUAACAAUCCGAUCAAGGCUGUAUUGGUUUUAUAGUUUUAGUUUUUGUUGAUUUUACACAUAUAAAGUAGGAAAGAUUUUUAACAUCAUUCAUAAUGUUGUUAAAUUACACACGGCUGAAACACGUUUGUACAACUUUACGGGUAUCCCAAAUUCCCUGCAACGGCAUCCGAUACAUAUCCCUUAGUUCAUUAAAUCUGCACAACAAUUGCGGACUAUUGCGGCAACCGCUGCUGCAGCUGCUGAUCCGCCCACAUCGCCCCUAUCAUCAACUAUUCCGCCUACGUCAGCCAGCUGCAACUGCCGCCCGUCAAUUACUUGGCGGCUCCUCCACCUCCUCCGCUGUUGCGUCGUCGUCGUCGUUGUCCGUCUUUGGAUCCCGUUGGUCGUCCCGUUUGCUGUACCUCAGACGUUGCCUGACCACCAAGGCAAAGGGAGCGUUAACAAAAAAUGCGCGUGGAGUGAAUACACCAGCUAGGCGCAUCAAAAUGGGCAAAUCGGAGUAUAUGCGUCUCUACAACUUGAUCAAGACUGAGAAAUGGGUGCUGCUCGUGGGUCUCAUCUGUCUGGUGGUUUCAUCGGCGAUCACAAUGUGCGUGCCGUAUUUUAUAGGCAAAGUGGUCGAUGUGGUGUUCAACAAGAACUCGCUGGAUUCGGCUGCAAUGAAUAAAUUACGCGAAUAUUCAGUAAUGUUAUUCUGGAUUUUUGCACUCGGUGGCUUUGCAAACUUUGCCCGCGUCUAUCUAUUCGGCUCCGCAUCUCUGCGAAUUGUGCGUCGACUACGCUCCAAUCUGUACAGAUCGAUGCUGCUUCAGGAGGUGGGCUGGUACGAUUCCCGCGGUACUGGCGAGUUGGUCAAUCGUCUGAGUAACGACACCUACUUGGUGGGCAUCUCGUUGAGUCAGAAUGUAUCCGAUGGUAUGCGCUCCAUUGCGAUGAUUACCGUUGGCUCCGCCAUGAUGAUCUUUACCUCACCCAAGCUGGCCUUGGUGAGUGCCAUGGUUGUGCCCGCCUUGGCUACCAUGGCCAUUGUCUAUGGUCGCUAUGUGCGUCGCAUUACCCGUGUUGAGCUGGACAAAUACGCUGAUAUUAUGAAGUAUGCCGAGGAGCGUUUCGGCAAUGUGCGCACCGUCAAGCUCUUCUGUCGCGAGCAAAAGGAAGUCGAGGACUUUAAUCAAAAGCUAAACGAGGCUCUGGAAAUUGGCUACAAGGAAACACGUGCCCGUUCCAUAUUCUUUGGUUUGACUGGUUUCUCGGGCAACUUUAUCAUUAUUUCCGUGCUGUAUUAUGGUGGCACACUUGUGCUCGGCGAUGAGCUGACAAUCGGUGCGAUGACCUCGUUCUUGAUGUAUGCCGGCUAUGUGGCCGUCUCCAUGAAUGGUCUAUCAAAUUUCUACAGUCAGAUGAACAAAGGCAUCGGCGCCUCGGAGCGCAUUUGGGAGAUCUUCGAUCGUAAAUACCAAAUACCCAUUGAUUUGGGUCACAUACCGACGAACAAAGUAAUUGGCGAAGUGCGUUUCGAGAAUGUGGACUUCAGUUAUCCAUCGCGACCCGAUACCAAAGUCCUGACCGAUUUCAGCCUAACGCUGCCGGCGCACAAAACAACGGCGAUUGUGGGACGCUCGGGUUCCGGUAAAUCGACAAUAGCAUUGCUACUGAUGCGAUUAUACGAUCCCAUGAUGGGAGCCGUCUAUUUGGAUGGUGUCGAUGUGCGCACCCUGAAUCCUCAAUGGUUGCGUCGGAACGUUGGCGCUGUCAGUCAGGAGCCGGUGUUAUUCUCGGGCUCCAUACGAUCGAACAUCUUGUACGGCUUGGAUCCCGGUGAGGCAGGCAAUGAGCAAUUGUUGCAGCAAGUUGUACGGGACUCAAAUGUGAUUGAGUUCACACAAAAUUUACCCGACGGCCUCGAGACGAUUGUGGGACAACGCGGUAUGUUGCUGAGCGGUGGUCAAAAGCAACGUGUUGCCAUCGCCCGUGCCCUGAUCAAGAACCCAAGCAUAUUGCUCCUGGAUGAGGCAACGAGUGCACUGGAUUCGGUGUCCGAGCAGCUGGUCCAAGUGGCGCUCGAUAAACUAAUCGAAGGACGUACGGUGCUAACGAUUGCGCAUCGUUUGAGCACCAUUCAUGGUGCCGAUAAUAUCGCUGUGCUCGACAGUGGUCGGGUGAUUGAACAGGGCAACUACGAUACACUGAUGGCCAAUCCAGAUGGUGCAUUUAGAGAGCUGGUGUCGAUGCAAGCCUUCGCCAGCGGACUGCCGCCCGCUCGGCUGGGAGAAUAUGCGGACGCGGAGAGCGAAGGUGAACGUACACCGACGAGACAACCGCCAACCCCACCGCCAGGACCACCACGACGAUAAGCGUAAACCUAUUGAAAAAGAGGAACAGAAACGGAAAACGGAUCGCAGUAAAGUAUCGAGUAUAUGGAGUACGAGCGCGGUAUCGAGUAUGUUCGUUCAGUAGUAUACAACAAUGAUGGCUUAGACCAGUCCCAAAAUUUCUACUAGUUCUGACAAAUAUUCAAUCGAAAAAAAUUUCAGUUGUCCAAAUUACAUGUGAUCAGUAUGGAUUCUGAUUUUCUCAAAUCUUUUGUUGAUGAUAACAGAAAGGUUUCGUACGCUCUUCUUUUUUACAUAUAUAUACAUAGAGAGAGGUAUAUUGUAUUCUUAUAGAUAUUUGAUUAGUUUCUUACUAAACUAAUGAUCGCGACAAAAAUCUGACUUUUUUUUGUAAAAAGCGAGAUUGAAAAAAAAAAAAUUGAAAAAGCUAAGACGAAAAUGUCACACACUCAAAAAAAAAAAAAAAAGUAAACAUAUAGAAACUGAAAGAGAAAUAAAUAAUGGGACAAGACAAUGACAGUUUGAGUUUAGAUAUUCACAUAGUACAAUUAUGAAUUUGAAAAAGCAACAAAAAAAACAGUUGUGAUCGCCAUUGAAUUGAAAAUGUUGCAGAUGAGCUCUCUUUAUAUUAAAAGCUAACUAUUGUAUAGAGAAGAGGCUAAUACUUACAUACAUUUGUUUAUAGCCAAUGAUCAAAACUGUUAUAGUUGAAUUAAAAAUGCUUUUUAUACUUUC